AUGGGUAUUUUUGCUCGCUCGUUUGUGGUCAUAUUCUCAUGUAUUCUACUUUUGAAUGGUUUUAUAGUUGCUGAUCAUCAUGUUAUAGAAGGUGACAAGCAUUUGCUUCAUGGUUCAAUUUUAAACAAGGACCAGGAAGAUGGUCAAGAACAUGAAGUACAUAGAAGGUCUUUAACACUUGGUCUUCUUGGUCUUGCUGCUCUUGGUGGAUUAAGAGCUAGACAUAAUGGUGGUGGUGGUGGUGGUGGUGGUGGAGCAAUUGCACAUGCUGCUGCUGAUAGAGCAGCUGCUGUCCGUUCUGCUUUUCAUAAAGCAGCUUCACAAGCUGCUGCUGAUGGAACAGCUGCUGCCCAAUCUGGUUUUCGUAAAGCAGCUUCACAAGUUGCUUCUGAUGUAGCUGCUCGAGUUACUGGAGGCUUAAAAGGUGGCAUUGGUGGAGGUAGUUUAAGAGGUGGAGGAGGAGGCAGUUUAAUAGGUGGAGGUGGAAGUAGUUUUAGAGGUGGAGGUGGAGGUGGAAGCAGUUUUGGAGGUAGUGCUACCGGUUCCGUUGGUGGACGUGGUGCUACCGUUGGUGGAGGUGGAAGCAGUAUUGGAGGUAGUGCUACCGGUUCCCUUGGUGGACGUGGUGCUGCUGUUGGUGGAGGUGGAGGUAGUGUUGGGGGUAGUGCUGGCGGUAGUUUAAAGGGUGGAGGUGGAGGUAGUGUUGGAAGUGGUUUAAGGGGUGGAGGUGGAUAUGGAGGUAAUAUUGGUGGAGUAAGUUUCGGAGGUAGUAAGGUUUUUGGAGGAGGAGGUGGAGCUUAG